GGGCCGCGGCGGGGGCUCCGCUCGGCGCUUUCCGCCCUUCUGGGCUCGCUCGGGCAGCGGCGCUCUGGGCAGGCGGCAGCGGCGGCGGCGCGGAGGGGACGGCGUUCAGGAUGCGGCGCGGGGCGGCCCGGUGCCCCCCUGCUCCGUCACGGCAGCCGCGGCGGCAGCGGGGACCGGGCCGGGGGCGGCGACCCGAGCCGCGGUAGCGGCGGCGGCGGCGGCGGCGGCGGCGGCGGCGGCAGCGGCGGGAGGGGCGGCCUGAGGGCGGGCGGGCGCCCGGUGCGGGGGCUCGGCGCUCCGCACGGCCCGGCUCGGCCCCGGCGCCAUGAGCGGCGGCGGCGGCGGGGGCUCGGCGCCCAGUCGCUUCGCCGACUACUUUGUCAUCUGCGGGCUGGACACCGAGACCGGGCUGGAGCCGGACGAGCUGUCGGCGUUAUGCCAGUACAUACAGGCUUCUAAAGCCAGGGAUGGUGGCAGCCCUUUCAUUUCGAGUACAACUGAAGGGGAAAAUUUUGAGCAGACACCAUUGAGACGAACUUUCAAAUCUAAGGUCCUUGCAAGAUAUCCUGAAAAUGUAGAAUGGAAUCCUUUUGAUCAAGAUGCAGUCGGAAUGUUAUGCAUGCCCAAAGGGCUGGCAUUCAAGACCCAAGCCGAUGCUAGGGACCCCCAGUUCCAUGCCUUUAUCAUCACAAGGGAGGAUGGCUCUCGGACAUUUGGGUUUGCCCUCACAUUUUUUGAAGAAGUGACUAGCAAGCAGAUUUGCAGUGCAAUGCAGACCCUCUACCACAUGCAUAAUGCUGAAUAUGAUGUUCUACAUGCUUCUGCUGAUGGCAGAGACAGCUGUGGCAUGGAGGAUGGUGAAGGCACUCCUGGGACCAAGCUUCAGCGUUUCAACUCCUACGACAUUAGCCGGGACACACUCUACGUGUCUAAGUGUAUCUGUCUCAUCACGCCCAUGUCCUUCAUGAAAGCAUGUCGGAGUGUGCUGGAACAACUUCACCAGGCAGUCACUUCACCUCAGCCGCCUCCACUGCCUCUUGAGAGCUACAUAUACAAUGUACUGUAUGAGGUGCCACUCCCACCUCCUGGCCGAUCCUUGAAAUUUUCUGGGGUCUAUGGGCCAGUAAUCUGCCAGAGACCAAGUACUAAUGAGCUUCCCCUAUUCGACUUUCCUGUCAAAGAAGUCUUUGAAUUGCUUGGGGUGGAAAAUGUGUUUCAGCUUUUUACCUGUGCCCUUCUGGAAUUUCAAAUUCUGCUAUACUCACAACAUUACCAGAGACUGAUGACCGUGGCAGAGACAAUUACAGCUCUCAUGUUUCCUUUCCAGUGGCAGCAUGUUUAUGUCCCUAUUCUCCCAGCUUCUCUCCUACAUUUCUUAGAUGCUCCUGUUCCAUACCUGAUGGGCUUACAUUCUAAUGGCCUGGAUGACCGGUCCAAGCUGGAGCUUCCUCAAGAGGCUAACCUCUGCUUUGUAGAUAUUGACAACCAUUUCAUUGAGCUACCAGAGGACUUGCCUCAGUUUCCCAACAAAUUGGAGUUUGUUCAGGAAGUUUCUGAGAUUCUCAUGGCAUUUGGCAUUCCCCCUGAAGGAAACCUUCAUUGCAGUGAGAGUGCUUCCAAGCUGAAGAGACUUCGGGCUUCUGAGCUUGUUUCUGACAAGAGGAAUGGAAAUAUUGCUAGUUCUCCUUUGCAUACUUAUGAGCUCCUCAAAGAGAAUGAAACUAUUGCUCGACUACAAGCCUUGGUGAAGAGGACUGGGGUGAGUUUGGAAAAGCUGGAAGUCCGAGAAGACCCUAGUAGCAAUAAGGAUCUCAAAGUUCAGUGUGACGAAGAAGAACUCAGGAUUUAUCAGCUGAAUAUUCAGAUCCGGGAAGUUUUCGCAAAUCGUUUUACUCAAAUGUUUGCAGAUUAUGAGGUGUUUGUGAUUCAGCCCAGUCAGGAUAAGGAGUCCUGGUUUACUAAUAGGGAACAGAUGCAAAACUUUGAUAAAGCAUCUUUUUUGUCAGAUCAACCUGAGCCAUACUUGCCCUUCCUCUCAAGAUUUUUGGAGACCCAGAUGUUUGCUUCUUUUAUUGACAACAAAAUCAUGUGUCAUGAUGAGGAUGAUAAAGACCCUGUGCUCCGGGUAUUUGAUUCUCGAGUAGACAAGAUCAGAUUGUUGAAUGUUCGGACACCUACUCUUCGAACAUCCAUGUACCAGAAGUGCACCACUGUGGAUGAAGCAGAGAAAGCAAUUGAGCUGCGUCUGGCAAAAAUUGACCAUACUGCAGUUCAUCCCCAUUUACUAGACAUGAAGAUUGGACAAGGGAAGUAUGAGCCAGGCUUCUUCCCUAAGCUUCAAUCUGAUGUGCUUUCCACUGGUCCAGCCAGCAACAAGUGGACUAAAAGGAAUGCCCCUGCCCAGUGGAGACGGAAAGAUCGGCAGAAGCAGCACACAGAGCACUUGCGUUUAGACAAUGACCAGAGGGAGAAGUACAUCCAGGAAGCCAGGAGCAUGGGCAGCACCAUACGCCAACCCAAACUAUCCAAUCUCUCGCCAUCAGUGAUUGCCCAAACCAACUGGAAGUUUGUAGAGGGCCUGCUGAAAGAAUGUCGAAAUAAGACCAAGAGGAUGCUGGUGGAGAAGAUGGGUCGAGAAGCCGUGGAGCUCGGGCAUGGGGAAGUGAACAUUACAGGUGUGGAAGAAAACACUUUGAUUGCCAGCCUUUGUGAUCUCCUGGAAAGGAUUUGGAGUCAUGGGCUCCAGGUGAAGCAGGGGAAAUCAGCCUUGUGGUCUCACCUGUUACAUUAUCAAGAAAACCGUCAAAGAAAUCUCACAUCAGGAAGCCUUGGUUCAUCAGGAAUACUUCUUGAUUCAGAACGGAGGAAAUCUGAUGCCAGCUCAGUCAUGUCUCCCCUGAGGAUCUCUCUCAUUCAGGAUAUGAGGCAUAUUCAGAACAUUGGGGAAAUCAAGACUGAUGUAGGUAAAGCCAGAGCAUGGGUCCGGCUGUCCAUGGAAAAAAAGCUACUUUCCAGACACCUGAAGCAGCUUCUCUCAGAUCAUGAGCUCACCAAAAAGCUGUACAAGCGGUAUGCCUUCCUGCGCUGUGACGAUGAGAAGGAACAGUUCCUCUACCAUCUCCUUUCUUUCAAUGCCGUUGAUUACUUUUGCUUCACCAAUGUCUUCACAACUGUCUUGAUACCAUACCACAUCCUGAUUGUACCAAGCAAGAAGCUGGGGGGAUCCAUGUUCACUGCCAACCCAUGGAUCUGCAUCUCAGGAGAACUGGGUGAGACACAGAUUCUGCAGAUUCCCAGGAACAUGUUAGAGAUGACCUUCGAGUACCAGAACUUGGGGAAGCUCACCACUGUGCAGAUAGGCCAUGAUAACUCGGGUCUGUAUGCCAAAUGGCUGGUGGAAUAUGUGAUGGUCAGGAAUGAGAUCACAGGACAUACUUACAAGUUCCCGUGUGGCCGGUGGUUGGGCAAAGGCAUGGAUGACGGAAGCCUAGAGCGAGUCCUAGUUGGGGAGCUGCUUACAUCCCAGCCCGAAGUGGACGAGAGGCCAUGCCGGACCCCACCCCUGCAGCAAUCCCCCAGCGUCAUCCGGAGGCUUGUUACCAUCUCACCCAACAAUAAACCUAAACUGAACACCGGGCAGAUCCAGGAAUCCAUCGGGGAGGCAGUCAAUGGCAUUGUGAAGCAUUUCCAUAAGCCUGAGAAAGAGCGAGGCAGUCUUACGUUGUUGCUUUGUGGAGAGUGUGGCCUUGUCUCAGCCCUGGAGCAGGCUUUCCAGCAUGGAUUCAAAUCACCCCGGCUCUUCAAAAAUGUCUUCAUUUGGGAUUUCCUGGAAAAAGCACAAACCUAUUAUGAGACUUUGGAGCAGAAUGAAGUUGUCUCUGAGGAGAAUUGGCAUACAAGGGCCCGGAACUUCUGCCGGUUCGUCACUGCAAUCAACAAUACUCCUCGGAACAUUGGCAAGGACGGCAAGUUUCAGAUGCUGGUGUGCUUGGGAGCCAGAGAUCACCUCCUGCACCACUGGAUUGCUCUGCUGGCUGACUGUCCCAUCACAGCACACAUGUACGAGGAUGUGGCCCUGAUCAAAGACCACACACUUGUCAAUUCCUUGAUCCGAGUGCUGCAGACGUUGCAGGAGUUUAAUAUCACGCUGGAGACAUCCCUUGUCAAGGGCAUCGACAUCUGACCUUCCAGCACCAGCUUGCAGGAGGACCUAGAGCGACUCGGCCUGCAGCUCUCACCUUCCUUCUCAAAAGGGACUUCAUGAGCUAUGCAGGAAACAGAGUGGAGAUGUAAACUCAUUGUAUAAAGAAACUGAGAGGAUUUUUGGAAUAAAUAAUCUAUUUUAGAGUUUA